AUGAUCAGACUAGCGUUUUCACCGUUCUCCUUAGCUACAAGGCGGUCUUUCGUAACAUUUUCACGCAAUGCUUUUGUCAGAAGGACUUUCGUGGCCACGCCUUUCCUCAAAAAUGGCACGUUUAAGGAGCAGCCCAUACUCACAGAUCCUUCUAAGGGUACCAGCAAUUCGCCCCAGAAGCCUCAGAACGACAAGAAUGAGGUUGACAACGUGAAGAAGGUUUUCAAACCCGAGGAGCUAGAGUCUGCAAGAUUGGCCCGUUUGGCAAACUUGGGCUGGUUGUCCAAGCUUCCUGAAAAAUGGAUACCGUACGCUGAGCUUCUGCGCUUGGAAAAACCCGUCGGGUCUCUUCUUUUACUAGCUCCUUGUUUCUGGGCAAUAACCAUGGGUGCGUACUCCAUAGCUGCUCCGAUUACCACGACAGUCUCUACAAUUGUCUUGUUCACCAUUGGUGCUUUGGUGAUGAGAGGUGCUGGCUGCACCAUCAACGAUAUUUUGGACAGAAACCUAGAUAACCAAGUUGCACGUACUGUAGAGAGACCUCUUGCGAGUGGCAGGGUUUCGGUGCCCCAGGCUGUGGGGUGGCUAGCAGCUCAAUGCUUUGCUGGCUUGGCGGUGUUAUUGUCACUUCCCUUUGAAUGUUUCUACAUUGGAGCUUUGUCCCUUCCAUUCGUUGCUGCAUACCCAUUAUUCAAAAGGUUCACAUACUAUCCUCAGGUGGCACUUUCAAUCACAUUUGCAUGGGGCUGCUUACUAGGUUUCCCUGCCGUUGGCGCCCCUCAAAACCUCUGGGUCGUUGCUCCCUUGUUUAUUUCCAAGUUUCUCUGGUGCAUGAUUUAUGACACCGUCUAUGCUCAUCAAGACAAGGUUUACGACGUGAAGGCAGGUAUCAAGUCGACAGCGUUGGCAUGGGGCGACAUGAGCAAGCCAAUCAUGUACACUAUGGGAGGGUUACAAGUGGCAACUUUCUUGACUGCUGGUUUCAUGAACUCUAUGGGUCCCUUCUUCUACUUGUCCGCUGCAUGGGGUUUCCAGCGACUUUUCAAGCAGCUCAAGACUGUCGACUUGGACGAUCCAAAGAGCUGCUGGAACGUUUUCACGGGUAAUAUUCGUACUGGCUAUAUCUUCUGGAUCGGCAUGAUUGUCGAUUAUUUAUUGAAGUUGGCGGGUUUCUUAUAA